AUGGUAGCCACAAAGAAGACAAAAAAGUCCCUGGAGUCCAUCAACUCGAGGCUCCAGCUCAUUAUGAAGAGUGGAAAGCACAUGCUGGGGUACAAACAAACGCUGAAGAUGAUCAGACAGGGCAAAGCAAAAUUGGUCAUCCUUGCCAACAACUGCCCAGCAUUGAGGAAAUCUGAAAUAGAUUACUAUGCUAUGUUGGCCAAAAUUGCUGUCCAUCACUUUAGUGGUAAUAAUAUUGAAUUGGGCACAGCACGUAGGAAAUACUACAGAGUAUGCACACUGUCUAUCACUGAUCUGGGUGAUUCUGACAUUAUUAGAAGCAUGCCAGAGCAAACUGGUGAAAAGUAG